AUGUCCGCCCUUUGUCCCCCACUCAACGGGAAGUGUCCACCUUCCCGAAGAACCUCCGCCAACCCUAGGAUCCCUUUCUUGGAGACAGGAACAGAUCCCUCCUGUGUUCUACCACAGAACCUGGAGAAUGAUGAGGAUGGAGCCCAGGCCUCUCCGGAGCCGGAUGGGGGAGUCGGCACCAGGGAUUCUGGCCCAACCUCCCUCCGAAGUUCCCAGUGGUCUUUUAGCACCAUCAGCAGCGGCACCCAGCGCUCCUACCGGGCCUGCUGCAGCUGGACCCAACACCCUUUGAUCCAGAAGAACCGCCGGGUCGUGUUGGCCUCCUUCCUGCUCCUGCUGCUGGGGCUGGCCCGCCCCGCAGUCUACCACGUGAUCUUCAUCUACUGCGCCGUCAAGGGCCAGCGGGGCUUCCAGUUCUUCUACCUGCCCUACUUCGAGAAGUGAGCCGGCGUGUCCCGCGCCGUUCCGUUCGCCUCGGUUCGGGGGAAGGGGCCCCCGGGACCCCCACACCCUCGGGAGUUUGCUCAGGCCUGGCCCUGGGAAGGUCGCCCCUCGCCCGCCCUGUGCCUUAACUUAUUCUCGGCCCUGCGGCUGCCGGGCUCCUGGUAGCUUGUGCUAAUAAAAGAGUAAUGGCAGCA